CCUUUCUUCAUUCACUGUCUGUCCUUCGGUCACUCCGUCCCACAGCCCCUCCUCUCAUUUCCCUCGCCGCCACCUCCUCCAACGGCUCUCCUGUCCGCCCACAUGCUUACACCGCCGCCGGAACCCUAACCCCCACAAUGCCGCGCCCCGCCACCUCGCUCCGCGCUCCGAGCCGCCGCCGGCGGCUUCUGGAAAACCCCAUCGCCCCCGCAUCCGUCAACUCCUCCUCUGCUACCAGCGGUUGCCGAGGCGGGUCCUGUACCCCGAAGCUGCGAUGGAGCGUCAGGGAGAGCCAGGAGGGCGUCAGCGAGCAGAAGGCGCCGAGGGCUUCGUCCGUGAGGCGGCUCGCGGCCGCGGUGUGGCGCCUGUGGCCGCCGGAGGAGGCGCCCGCCGCAGAGCACCAGGGAAAAUCUCGUGUCGGCCUCGAGUUUAUACCGAGACAUCUGCAAGUCCAGCUUCUCAGGAAGGAUCAUCUUGGUCACAAACAUGGUCUGAAGGUUGAGACUUCAAGCCCCAAUUCCGUUUUGGGGCAACACAGCGGAGAGCUCCACAAAGUUAAACUUCAUCUCGCCUCAGCUUUGAUGCCGAUCACUGGCUUGGAGAAUGCAACAAAGUGGAAGUCUGAGAGCGUAUGUGAUCGCCUCAGCUUUGGUGCCUAUGUGAUCGCCAACCAACUUGAUCUCAUUGAAAAACAGCAAGGGCAAACUCAUGCUAAUAUAAUCCAGAUGGAGCUCCAGCGUGCACAAGAUAGGGUGGGCAAGCUAGAAGCUGAGCGUGUUUCAGCUAAGAAGCAGCUUGACCGCUUGUUGGAGAAACUGAGGGAGGAGAAAGCAACCUGGCGAAGGAGAGAACACAAGAAGGCCCAAUCCAUUCUUGAGGAUAUGAAGGCAGACCUCGACCAUGAGAAGAAGAACCGGAGGCAACUAGAGAACAUUAACUUGAAGCUUGUUGAUGAGUUGAAGGAGGUCAAAUUGGCAGCCAAUAAUCUGUUGGAGGAGUAUGACAAGGAGAGGAAGACACGGGAAAUGGCCGAGGAGGUGUGCAACAAACUGGUGAGGGAGGUCGAGGAACAAAAAUCCGAUAUUGAAGUCUUGGAGCGGGACUUUGUGAAACGGCGGGAGGAGGUGGAUGAGGACAGAAAGUUGCUACAGAUGGCCGAGGUGUGGCGGGAAGAGCGGGUGCAGAUGAAACUUGUGGAUGCAAGGCUCACUCUGGAAGACAAAUACGGCGAGCUAAGCAAAUUGCAACAGGAUGUUGAGGCCUUUGUCGCCUCUUUGGGUUGUGCCAAGGGAGACAGCAGCAUUCUAGUACGAGAAGCAGAGAAAAUUAUAAGGGAAAUUAGCUUGGUGAGGGACCUGGAGGUUCAAUUCAAGUAUGAGCCGCCUGCAGCAUCGGAGGAAAUAUUAGCCAUAUUCAAGGAGCUCCGCCCGAGCCAAGAGCUCGGACGAUGCAAGGUGCAGAGGUCUUCACUAGAUGAAUUAGAAAUUCAACAAGCUAGCGGCCAAAUGGCUGACGUAUGCCUGGAGAACCUAACCAAUAGAAGCCCUUGCCAAGACAGUGAAAUAGAAGAUGAGAGCAGCUGGGAGACUACAAGCCACAAAGACUUUCAGGGUUCAAGCUUUUCACGGAACGGGAAUGGAAGCGAACCUUCAGUCAACAAUGUAUGUGACAGAAUUUCCUGGACGAGUGGAGACAAUUCGGAGGAGGUCUGGCAGAAUGACCUGAGCAAUAUCAAAGUUGUGGAGCACGAGAAGAAACAGUCGGCAAUAUCAAAGUUCUCGAGGCCUCGGGAAAACCAUGAAAUCCACCAGGUGGAUGUGGAGGUGGAUCUAAUAAACUCGUUGAACAGACGUAUGUAUUAUGACGCUGGCGAAGCUGCAGAUCGGGGUAUGGGACAGAGCUCCCCGAGCAUGGGACCAUGGAGCUCGCCGUCGCCGGACUCGAUGAACCGUGGCUUCAGAGGCUGCAUGGAGCUGGUCCAGAGGCACAGCCUGAAAGCAAAGCUUCUAGAAGCUCGGAUGGAGAGCCAGAAGAUCCAGCUCCGCCGCGUGCUCAACCAUACAACCUGAAGCUGCGAAGAACUCUUGUUACCUGCAAUUUAUAUAUCGAAUACGCACGAGUAUGCGUAUCAUAUAUUAAAGGAGGGGGAAAGCUCCCCAAUGUCACAUUUUACAUCAUAUGUACAAGCGGGCAAGCCGCAUCCACCUCGCAUAGUGUACUACACAGUCACCUGCAAUUUCAUUUAAUCUACGCCAUGAAAUAAGUCCAUCUCUUGUAA